AUGGCUGCCGUUCAAUCGAUAUUAGCGGAAACCCUUCCCGGACCGACGCCCUCAAUUGCCUUGAAUGGCGCCACCGAACCAACCACUAUGCACAUCGACCGGCCGAGUUCGAGUCCAGUAAUGGUCAACGAGAGCACGUUCGGAAGCACACCAGCAAAGGGAGACUCUAGAAUCGUCGUCAUUGUGUAUGGACCAGGCCAAGAACACAUCGUCUCGGUCUUCGCAGAGGUGCUGGGUACGCCAUGCAGAACACGGAAUGGGUUCGAGGAGGUUUCGUCUGAGGAUUCUGGUUUCGUUGUAGGAGUCGCAGCAAACGAAGCGAAAGGAGACGUUGCUGCGCGCAAUCGGAUGCCUCCCGACACCCAACUUUCCACCCAUUGCGACUACGAAUUCCUCUAUACCGAAUCCCCGUUCUUCCGUCGCGACCUGGCUAGAUUUAUCUCAUUUACUUUGGGUCAGAUCAACUACCACGAAGCUCUCAUGGCAAAGCCAAGAACCUAUUUCAUCUCCACCACCUUCCCGGAUGUCCACGCCGCUCUGCCUAAUAUCGAUAUCCUAACUGUUGGCGCUGAUGCGGUUGAGAUCAGAGUUGAUUUACUUAGAGAACCCCUUGGCGAUGGUAGCUAUUCGGAAGUUCCCAGUCUCAGCUAUGUUGGAGAACAGGUCAUGCUCCUCCGCCAGCGGACAGAGCUUCCCAUUAUCUUCACGACACGGUGUGUAAGAGAGAAUGGAAGGUUCCCCAUGGACAAACCCGAACUGUACUACGAAUACCUCUACCGCGCGAUUCAAUGGGGUGUAGAAUACAUCGACGUAGAACUUUGGCUUCCAGAAGAGAUCCGCAAGAAGCUCCAUGAGCAGCGGGGAAACUCGCGCAUCAUGUCGGCGUUCCACGACUUUUCAGGCAAUUUCAGAUGGCCGUCGGCGUAUGCUCAAGAGGUAUUCCAAAGAUCUAUACCCUACGCGGAUAUCAUCAAAAUGAUUGCUAUAAUCAACGAACACAACGAGAACUUUGAGCUAGAGUAUUUCCGUUCCAAGAUGCGUGCCGAGUACCCCAAUGCGCCACCAUUCUCCGCCGUCAACAUGGGCGAAGUCGGCCAGUUCUCAAGGACUCUGAACCCUGUCUUUACACCUAUUACCCACCCACUUCUUCCUCUCAUCGCUGCUCCCGGGCAAUUGAGCGCUGCCGAGAUCAAUGCUGCUUUAUCACUUCUGGGUCAGCUUCCAAGAAAGCGCAUCUAUGGCAUCAACAGCUCGUCGUCUCGAAACGCCACGCCGCAGGCUCCCUUCUAUGAAAAGUGUAUAAACGAACUGGGUCUUCCGCAUCAAUUUGCAGUUGUGGAGAGACAUCCAAACAACCCAAGGAGUUUAGAGACAUGGUGCAAUCAAAAACAUUUCGGAGGCGCCUAUCUCAACCCGGGUCUACCACAUAAUGCAUUGACAAAGAUUAGCCCAUUCUUUGCUGGGUUGAACGGUGGCAAUGGGCCAAUCUUGACGGAGGCGGCUCGCGUUAUUGGAGUUGUAGACACCAUCGUGGUCCAGUCAGGUACCUCGUCCAGAUCGUCGUCUCCGGGCUCAAUGCCAUCAAGUCCACGACAACGGCAGAGUGACUCGGUUGAUCUCGGCAGUCAGUCUGGUCUAGGCUCGUCGACCUCCCUUGUAUUCGACAAUGCUGGAUGGAAGGGUAUUCUCAGCACGCUUACAAGAGACCUGGCGCCAUCUGCGUACUUCGGCCGCUCGGCUGUUGUCAUGGCAUCUUCUUCAGAUGAUGCAGCUCCUGUCUUCUUUGCCAUGAGAGCUCUCAAGAUCUCCAAGAUCUAUACUGUUGGCUUCCGUACACCUAGCAAUCUUGCUCGAAAUGCGCCUCCCAUCGAACCGUUUAUCAGCCUCGAAAGUCUGCAACGUGCCCGCUCAGUAGAAGACGACAGUGCGCCUUUUGUCAUCGUGUCAGCUCUUGGUUCGGAAAAGAGUCAUUUGGUUGGUAUGUUGUUACGAGCCUUUGGAGGAGUCGGACCCAAGGGAACAACCAACACGAAGAAGGUGUUUCUUGACCUGGCAGACGGAGCUGUCAGGAAGAGUUCUGACCCAGGGCUCAUCGCUGAGAGGAACGGAUUUGCUGCCUAUGGAGCGGACGAUGUCGCAGCAUUUACAACGGUCGAAAGCCUGAGGUUACUCGUGGGACAAAAUGUGCCCUAUAGCUUCGUUAGACUGGCAAGCGGAAGUCAUCGCUACGGCGUUUGA